GUGAGCUUCUUGCAGUUCGUCACUGGUACCCCUCACUGCAAGACUGAGCGCAGCCUGUUUGCACCAGGAUUGAUGCCUUUGGUGGGUUUUUGGUGAGGGGGGUGCAGCAGGACAUAAGGAUUACUAGAUUUUUCCUCAUAGGAAAGAAGUGUUUAGAUUGAACAUCAAAGGUUAACACCAUUAGCUCCCCAGAAGAAGACACAAGCAUCCUUAUGUCUAGGCGAAAGGUGAGAGGCCUGACCCGUACGGGUCGUCAGGUCAGCGAGGACCCAGACCUGGACAACCUGCUGUCCACCCUCUCCCCGGAGGAGAUGGAGGAGCUGGAUAAGGAUUUGAUGAAUGUGCCAGACAUCAACCCAGAUGAUGGGAAGAUCAUCGUCCAAGGGGAGAACCAGGCUGUGCAGCCACCUCUGAGCAACAAUGUGACGACCCGAAGCGACACCAAAGGGAGGCUCAGUCAGAGGGAACAGUCGUUUGAGAGUGAGCCAAAGAAAGAGAGCCGGAAGCAGGAAUACCUGAGGAAGAUGGGCCUCAGUCAGGAGGGAAAUGAUGACAUGAAAGUAGGAGUGCGGAGACAGUCUAGUGUCUCAAGAGAAAGAGAUAACAAGGUGGAAGAUAGAAACAGCAAAGGUCCAGAAAGUUUAAAAGAGGAGAGAAGUUGGUGCUCAAGUAGAAACAAGAAACAGCUUGGUAGAGAGGGUGAUAUGAAGGAGGAGAGGAAUGAGAAAGAGAAAUACGAGGACAAUAGGUUAAGAGACAGAAGAGACAACAGAGAGAGCACGGGUAGCAAAACAAAAGAUAUGAUUUCCAGGUUACAGGAAAAAAAGGAUGACAGCAAAGAGAAGGAAAGGAAAGAAGAUUGCAGGAGAAGUUAUGAGAGCAAAACCAAAGACAUUAUCUCAAAGCUGCGGGAAAAAGGCGAGAAGGAUGUGGUAAAGGAAAGGGAGAGAAAAAGCGAGGGCAUCAGGACACAAGGGCUCGUCUCCAAAAUGGUUGAGAAGCAGAGCAAAACACAGGAGAGCCAGGCUCAAGAGAGUAAAACAGAAGAGAAGAAACCCAAAGUGGAGGACAAAAACAAACCUGAUGUCAAACUCCAGCAUCAACCAUCUGAGAAGGGUGAGGUGAGGGUAAAAUGUGACAAGGCAGAAAACAGACCUGAUAGGGAAGAGCUGUUUAACCACAGUGACCAUGUGAAAGAGAAAGACAUGAAGAUUAGCACAGAAAAGAAAGCAGAGGAGAAAAAGAAAAGAGAGGAUCGUUCAGCAAAACCUGUAAAAGCUGAGGAGAAGGAGAAACUUGGUAACUGCGUGGCCAAAAACAGUCCAAACAGCAAGGCAAAGCAGGAGGAAGAGGAGGAUGAAGACUCAAGCAUGUUCGAUGAACUGAUGCAACAGGUUCGAAGCAAUGACCCCACCCUAACUGAGCUCAUUGUCAACAACUCAGAGGUCAUCAAGACCAAAACACUCAUCGAGUUCGCAGAGGCUUUGCAAAAUAACACCAGUGUUAAGAUAUUUGCUCUGGCCAACUGCCGUGCGGAUGAUCACGUGGCGUAUGCCAUCGCUGGCACGCUACGCAGCAACAAGGCCAUCACCAGCAUCAACCUUGACUCCAACCAUCUAACUGGCAAGGGAAUCCUGUCUCUUAUUCAGGCGCUGCAGCACAACUCCACACUGACCGAGCUCCGCUUUCAAAACCAGCGCCACAUCUGUGGAGGGAAGACCGAGAUGGAGAUGGUUAAGAUCUUGAAAGAAAACACUACUCUGCUCAAGCUGGGCUACCACUUUGAGUUAGCAGGACCCAGGAUGACCACCACAAACAUACUAAGUCGGAACAUGGACAGGCAGAGGCAGAGGCGCCUGCAGGAGCAGAAGCAGGCCCAGGCUAAUGGGGAGAAGAAGGGGACACUGGAGGUGCCCAAGACAGGAAGUGGGGGGUCUUUGAGGAGCUCACCCAAGUCCUCCCCCAAACCGUCUCCCAUUCCUUCUCCUAUGCCUUCACCAAAGCUGAAUCCUAAAAGAGGAGCUGGUGGUCUAGCUCCACCACCACCUCCACCUCCUCCUGGGGGUGGACCUCCACCUCCACCACCUCCUGUACUGGAUGGAGACCGCUCAUACAAAAGCAGGAACUCAAGGGACCAACUGCUAGCCUCAAUCCGAGGAAGUAAUAUUAAACAGCUGAAGAAGGUGCCGGUGCCGAAGUGGCUGCAGUAAUGCUUCCUGAUGGAAAAACAAAGUGGACAAGAAGCAAGGGACAACAGACAUCUCACCACAGGGUUUUUAGGAGAGGAACUCUACAGAAACAGGAGACUGACUUGCCUUUACUACGAGUUCUCCUCUCUAACACUGGACCAAAAGGACUCUGUGGAGGAGUGAUGCAGUGCUCUCUAUAAGCUGACGGCAGGGGGCACAAUGAGUUUUGUGGCUGUCUGUCUUUAGUUCAUAUUGACGCUUUUGCACUAGAUAAUAUGAAGUCGAUCAUAUAACAUGUUGGCUUGCAUAUGCGUAUGAAUGUGAGUGUUGAGAGUGCAUGUGAUGUGCUUAGAUUCACAUAACUAUAAAAAUCUCUUUUAAGACAAAAAAUACAUUAAUUUGACCAUUUAUUUAUUAGUGGAGAGGGACUCCGCAUUAAACUGGUCAACUAAGUCUGUUCAGACUGGGUGGAAAUAUCAGGGAAUCAACAAAUAUGGUGGCCUGACAAUAGACAAUCUGGGUACUUUAAAAAAAAAAAAGGUUAAGGUAGCUUUUGAUUGUGUGUCAUAUUAUCAAAUCUCAAGACAUCUCAGGCAGUCAUGGAAAU